AUGUGCAAGUAUACUUUGAUAACUAUUCUUCUGAGUUUGAUAAUCACAAGAACCUUGGGAGCUUCCUCAACGUCGUGUUGCACCUCUGGUAGUGCUACUUACACUGUUGUUUUUACUGGACUAUGGGCUAACAAUAAUAACUAUCCUAAUUAUCCAACUAAUUUUCCACAUUGGUCGCCAUUGAUUGGCGCUAUACAUUCCCCAGCAGUAACUGUUUAUGCUUACGGACAAUAUGCAUCGACUCAGGUUAAAUCCGUAGCUGAAAAUGGAAAUGCAGUGCCUUUAAAAGCUCUACUAGAGCCCAUGACAAAUAAUGUUAAGCAAGUCUUUGUGUCCACUGGAUCAUCUCUCCAACCAACUGCAACAUAUUCAGUGACUGUUAACGUUGAUAAUAAUUUUAACUUAUUAUCUGCGUUAACAAUGAUUGCUCCAAGUCCAGAUUGGUGCGUUGGUGUAGAUCGAGUGAAUUUUUGUACUAGUUCUUGUGGUUUUAUUGCUAGCAAGACUAUUGAUCUAUAUCUGUGGGAUGCUGGUACGAAAGCGGCCGCCACUGAACAAUAUAGCUAUACCGGUUCAUUGACAAGAGUGCCAAUCUAUCAAAUAAAGACGUCUAAUCAAUCAGCAAGUGUUUUCUACCGAGCUAACGGUCAAUCUUUGUUACCUUAUGCCAGAUUACAAUUAACGAGAGUAUCACAAAAUUUAUUAAGCCCACGUAAGUAUUCAUUCAUUGCAUAA